UUACUUGUCACAUUUUGUUUCACUUUGCACAUUUUGAUCCAGAAAUGACUGUUUCUCUACCCUCUCUCCUCCCUCCUCCUCUUAGAGAUGGCGUUCUUCCCUGUCCUCCUCCUCCUCCUCUCCGUGGUCCAGCGUGGUUCCUCCCAGGACCCUGAUGAGGACACGUUGGCAGUGCCCCGGGGGUGUGGCUGGGGCCUGGUGCGCCCCUACACCCUCCUCUGCGACCUGGACUCUGUUUGGGGCGUGGCGGUCGAAUCUGCAGCGGCCGGCGGCGCCCUGGCUGCCAUUUUACUGGGCCUGAUCAUCCUCUGCCGACUACACCAUGUGAGCGAGGCGGAGAAGCGCAGCGGCGUGGGACCCAUUCUCCUCCUGCUCCUGGGCAUCCUGGGCCUGUUCGGCCUCAGUUUCGCCUACCUCAUCGAGCGUGACGAACAGCUGUGUCUUCUGCGCCGUGCCCUCUGGGGCCUGCUCUUCGCCCUGUGCUUCUCCUGCCUGCUGGUGCAGGGUGUGCGGCUCCGGAGGUUGGGCAGCGAGCGCCGGAGCCCGGGGGGCUGCACUCUGACCGGCCUGGCACUGGGGCUGAGCGCCGUCCAGGGGAUCAUCGCCGCCGAGUGGCUCCUGCUCACGGUGCUCAGGGAGGGCAGAGCGGCCUGCCAGUACCUGCCUCUGGACUUCUCCUUAGCCUGUAGCUAUGUGCUUGCGCUACUGCUAGCCGCGCUGGGGGCGGCCUCCUUCGCUCUCUGUGGGAAGACCCGGCAGUGGCGCUGUAACGCGGUCUGGCUCCUCUCCGCCUGUCUGUUGUCCCUCCUCCUCUGGGUUGCCUGGGUGGGCUUCUAUCUCUACGGUAACGCCUGGCUGGGGCGGUCCCCGGACUGGGACGAUCCAGCAUUGGCGAUAGCACUGGUGGCACAGGGUUGGCUCCUCCUCCUGUUCCACGCUGUGCCCGAGGCACACUCCUGUCUCUGCUCCCCGCCACAACCCUCCGCCCCUGACUAUUUUGACACGUCCCAGGCCCCGUCCCGCAUGAGGGAGACCAGCUUCGACGAGGACAUCCCCCUCUCACACAGGCAGUUUCCGGAGAACCAGGGCUACGGCUUUGACGAAAACACUGCAGGUCUGAGGAGUGCAGGUCAUCAUAAUGGUAACACAGCGCCCAGACCCAGUGCCCCCUUCCGCAGCAACGUGUACCAGCCCACUGAGAUGACCAUGAUCCUGAAUGGGGGAGCGGUGAGUUCUCAUAUUGUCCCCUCCGCACCCCCGACCUAUACGGGGCGGCAGCUGUGGUGAAGGACAGAGAUGAAGAAGAAGAAGGAAGAAUGGGGUGAUGAAGAAGGGAUGAAGGGUCCUUGGACAGAGGAAUAACCCAGAGAGGAUAACUAUAACAUGGACACCCCCCAGAUCUCUAUGUGCGUAUGGGGACAGACAGUUAAACAGAUGACUUACUGAGGGCUUACACACACCACCCACCCUGUGGUAAUCAAAUACACCAACCAACCACUGAAUGAGUGUGACUGAGGGGGAGAGCAGGUAUGGAGGACAGAUCAAAACAUUACAGGUAGUUUUGAAGUUAAAUCACUAUAGGAGAUAUUGAACUUAAAAACAACCCUAUUUUGGUUGCAAAUGCUGUGGAGACCAUUUUCAUCUGGGAGAUGUGAGGUUUGAAAUGUUGACUGUCAGGUUUCUUUUGUAUGAGUCAAGUUUACUCCCACGAGACUACUAAGCCACUGUAUAACUUCUGAAAAACUGUGAAACCUCUCUCUCUUUUGAGAUAUUUGCUCUGUUUUUGUUGUUUAUUUUGGGUGAAACUCUUCUAAAGCAGAAUGUUUUGCUCUGUUCUCCAUCCUCCUGUAGAUACGGUACCUUACAGCCCUGUACUGCACCACAGCCCAUCACACAAUAGAAUAACACACGGACAAGUAUGGCUUAAACUCCAACCUCUCUAGCCAGUGUUCUGUCCUCCAUCCUCCUGUAGAUACGUUACCUUACAGCCCUGUACCGCACCACAGCCCAUCACACAAUAGAAUAACACACGGACAAGUAUGGCUUAAACUCCAACCUCUCUAGCCAGUGUGUGCCUACAGGUAACUGCCAACAUAAAGGAAACACCAACAUAAAGUGUCUUAAUAGGGUGUUGGGCCUCCAUGAGAACAGCUUCACUGCACCUUGACAUAGAUUCUACAAGUGUCUGGAACUCUGUUGGAGGCAGGCGACACCAUUCUUCCAUGAGAAAUUCCAACAUUUGUUCUUUUGUUGAUGGUGGUGGAAACACUGUCUCAGACAUCACUCCAGAAUCUCCCAUAAGUAUUCAAUUGGGUUGAGAUCUGGUGACUGAGACAGACGUGGCACAUUGUUUUCAUGCUCAUCAAACCAUUCAGUGACCACUCGUGCCCUGUGGAUGGGGGAAUGAUCAUCCUAAGGGGGGAUAGUUAUGGUAGCCAAAAUAAUUGCCUGCUCAGCAUUUUUAUACCUGACUCAAAGAAUGAUGGGAUGUUAAUUGCUUAAUUAACUCAGGAACCACACCUGUGUAGAAGCAUCUGCUUUCAAUAUCUAAUUUUAGGGAUGGGCAUUUGAAAUAAUUUCACUAUUGGAAUAAUAUCAUGAUUUUUGUGGGGGAUAUGUGGAUUGUCGAGUUGUUUAAACUUGGGAAUUAGAUUGCUGUGCAGCCUGUGCUACUUGCGUCCCGCUUGCUUGCGUGUGUGAUUGGCAGGUACCAGUGAGUUUACGAGAGAGAGAGAGAGAGAGAGACCAUACAGACUAAUUAAACAAAUUUGUAGGUUAUCCAUCAUCUCAUCUGGUAGUGCCUGUCUUGUAUGCAUCAAAUCAAUCUAAAGAAGCUAGCUAUGUUAGCCAGCUAUAUUAGCCAGCCAGCUAGCUAGGCUAAAAGUACUUAAGGUUAUUCUGCUGUGCUUCCCGUCCUUGUCUACAACAACUCCAUUCAGAUUAAACAACAACUUACCUUA